AUAAAUCCCUUGAAAUGUGUGUUACCCUUCAGUGUCAUUCAGAAUGGGAGCUAAUAGCUAUACUAGGAUGCUUUUAAGAAUAAUUAUUCUAAUUGGUUUGAUUGCAUACAAAGAAUGUGCUUCAAACUACACUUUUUCUCCUGAUUUCCUGUUUGGUACUGCAACAUCCGCAUAUCAAGUUGAAGGAGCUUGGAAUGAAUCAGGAAAAGGUGAAAACAUUUGGGAUCACAUGACCCACAACACUCCCGAAUUCAUUUAUGACGAAAGUAAUGGGGAUAUUAUGUGUGACUCCUAUCACAAAUAUGAAGACGAUUUUGCUCUCCUUAAUGACCUAGGAGUAAACUUUUAUAGAUUUUCUGUAUCAUGGAGCAGGAUAUAUCCUAAUGGUCAUCCUUACAAUCCGAAUGCCGCAGGAAUCGCAUACUACAACAAUCUUAUUGAUGGUCUUCUCGCCCAAAAUAUAAUCCCCAUGUUAACCAUGUACCAUUGGGACCUUCCUCAACGUCUUCAAGAAUUGGGUGGUUGGACGAAUCCUUUAAUCGUACAAUUAUUUACGGAAUACGCAAGAACUCUUUUGGAGAAUUAUUCUGAUCGUAUUAAAUAUUGGAUCACAAUUAAUGAACCGUACCAAAUAUGUAAUGAAGCUUAUGGGGAAAAUGGCUACGCUCCAGCCUUAGGCAUGUCAGGUAGAGCUGAUUAUCUAUGCGGUCACAACGUACUAAAAGCUCAUGCUGCAGUUUAUCAUCUUUUUAAUAAUACUUAUAGGACCAGAAAUAAUGCUACAAUGGGCAUCACCUUAAGCUCUUCCUGGUAUGAACCUGGUAGCUCUGAAGAAGAAGAAGCUGCUGAAAGAACCAGACAGUUCAAGUUAGGUGUGUACGCAAAUCCAGUUUUCUCAGAGAAUGGUGAUUAUCCUCAAGUAAUGAAAGACUACGUUGGUAAUCAAAGUGCUAUACAAGGUUUCUCUAGAUCUAGACUUCCCCAGUUCACUUCUGAUGAAAUUGAGUAUAUUAAAGGAACGUCCGAUUUCUUCGGAUUGAAUCAUUACAGUACUAGAUUGGUGAGAAAUUCACCACCAAUUAACAACACAGUUUUAUUUGAAAAUGAUAUGCAAACGGAGCUGUGGAUUGAUCCUAGUUGGCCUAUGGAUGUAGUUCGUAGAGACGCCAUUAUCCCAUGGGGUUUCCGAAAGCUUUUGGCGUAUAUUAAAAACACAUACAACAAUCCCAUUAUUUAUGUUACAGAAAAUGGUUGUGCAGAUAGUGGAGAAUUAGAAGAUUACGUUAGAGUGUCUUAUUAUGGGUCUUAUCUUGAAGCACUUCUGGAAGCUAUCAACGAAGACAAUGUGAAUGUGCAAGGUUAUGCUGCAUGGACUCUAAUGGACAAUUUUGAAUGGAGGUAUGGAUUAAUAUACCGAUACGGAAUUCAUUCUAUCAAUUUUACUGACCCGGAUCUCCGAAGAACACCAAAAUUAUCAGCCACUUUUUACAAAAACGUUAUCGCCAACAGGGCAGUUGGGGACUACCCUUCACUCUCAUAAAGCUAUUUAUUGUUUGAGAAUAUAUGUUUGUGGUUUUUUUAAUAAAACUUAUGCCUAAAAUUACUUAGAACUUAGAAUUUCCACGAUUUAAUAUUUAUCUUCACCAACAACGAAAUUUUAUUCGUUUCAAAUAAUCGACAAACAAUAAUUUUAAAAAAUAUUAUUACAUAUCUCUAACUAAUAACCAAUAAUUUAGUGGACCAAUUUGUAACGUCUGUGAAUACUCCACCACUUUAUAUUUAACACGGGAAGAAGAAGGAUGAUUAUAUACAUAUAAGUAAAUAAUCUAAAAACACAAUAUGCUUAAGCAAUUUAUCAUCAAUCGGUACUGGAAAGCUCAUCAACGGAAACAAUUCAUCAAAUGCACCUCAUCGAAUACCAUUUACCAAAAAUCAGUUUAUAGAGGUAGUAAGUUUUUUCAUCAAAACUAUUUUUUAGUUCACAGUUUAUCCACUUAGCGAAGUGAGAAAACAAUACCAUCAUGAUAUACCUAAGAUUUGCGGUACUACGUAGUAUUAAAAAUUAGCAUUUUAUCUUCAUAAGCUCUCGGAUCAUACAAUAAAUAAUUGUUUCCCCUGUAAUCUAUGUAUUUUGUAUUUGCUGGUUAAAUAAAUAAAUAAAUAUCUGA